UUUAAAAAGUAAAACCCCCACUACGGCAAAGUAACUUUUCUCCAAAAGUACACGGAUUCGUCCAACUUUUACACCGUGCGAAACACGUUCUACGAAUUUUAAUGCAUCGAUUCCAUACUUCGGGAUUAAAUGAUUUCUAAUUGGUAAAUAGAAGAUUCGCAAACUAAACGCGUAUACAGUUAGUAGCGGUUAUUAUACAGGUUCUCCAAGGUAGUUGCGAUGACAGCGGCACGUGUCAUGGCGAGUUGUGUUGUCAUAAACGAAAGUGGCGUACCGUGAACUGUUUGCACAAGACCUGACAAAGCUUAUCAAUUAGAAUAACCGAAAUGGCCGAAGACGCGAUAAUGAGUUUAAAGUGGCACAGCUUCCCGUCGCAUUUAGCGAUUUCCCUUGAUACAUGCUACGAGAAGCAACAGUUUGUAGAUCUAUCUUUAGUGUGCAAGGAUGGGACAAUUUUGAAAUGUCACAAAAUGGUAUUGGCCAAUUCGAGCUCGUUCUUUCGGCGUCUGCUCGUAGCCAACGAUCAUCCCCAUCCUAUGAUCAUACUUCACGACGUCGAGGCAGAUGACUUAAAGACUAUCGUUAACUUUAUGUACUGCGGUGAAAUACAAGUGGUCCAAAGUGAGGUUAGGCGAUUGCUAAAACUUGCUGAGAUUCUCGAAGUCACCGGACUAAGGCACAUACAGACUUCGGUUUUGAUCGGGGAAGCCAACAACGCGCCCCCCGAGACAUCUAGAAAAACGACCACGGUGUCCCGUUUAAAAUUCGAAGAAACAAAAAGUUUGCCUACCAAAGCUGUAUCUGACCACGAAUCCAAUAACAGGCCGCAAAAUAAACCGACGAGAUUUAUUUCACCUACUCGUAUUCAUAAAGGGGGGAUCAAACUUCCACAAGAGAGUAUCAAGAAGAGCGACGAAGGUAAUACUAAUUUAUUAAGUCAGCGAUUAGAGGCUGGUAGAUCAGGAAUCAGUAUUGUAGAUAUCAAUGAUAUGCCAAGUACCAGUAGGGGAAUUUCCAACCCACCACCUCAAAAAAGGAAAGAACAUUCUGAUCCGGUUAUCAGUUGGCCCAGCAUUUUGUCUGCUAUAUCCAAGGAUAAGCCUUUGUCUUUGAAGAAAUUAUGUAUCAUGGACGAAGUUGAAAUAACGGCUGGAAAAUCACCUGUAACUAUUCGAGAGAAUCAACAACACGACCCGUUAGAUAGGAGAAAACAUAAUGCUAAUUUGGAAAACAAUCAAAGUAUGAAAUGUGCUGUGUACAUAAAAGAUGAAAUAGACAUAACUCCUGAUAUGGAAGAAGACGAAGAUAUGGAUCCCCUUGAAGUUGAAGAGGCUGAGAACGAAUGUCCAGAAAAUAUACGUUCUUCGCAAAUGUUUUCAUAUACAAACAUCGAUCAGACCCCCUUUAAUACAGGGACACUUCCAGAAUUUCCACCAAGAAAGGGAUCUAAUGGUUAA